AAACGUCAUGUCAUUUCCAUUUCGUUCGCCAAAGAUAUUGAAACGGAAAAGUAGGUCGUCAGUAUUGAUUUUUACAAUAUUCGUUGAACAAAGAACGUAGCUGUCCGCUGUAUCUGCAACGCGAUAAAUUAGAUGCAUUUCUGAAAUCGGCGCCAGCAUCGAGAAAAAUGCCUGACGCGGAGCUCACAGCUCCAACAGUGGAGAAUGUCCGCGUGGUCGUCCGUGUCCGGCCCAUGGACCAGCGAGAGAAGCUCGACGGCUCCUACAACUGUGUCUCCGUGGAUAGCACCAACCAUACUGUGGCGGUCACCAGGAACAACGUGACCCCGCCCGAACCGCCCAGGGUUUACGCUUACGAUGCCGUCUUCGAUUAUAAUACUAGUCAGAUGGACAUCUACGUGCAGACAGCCAGCCCCAUAGUGGAGCAAGUCCUCAAAGGCUACAACGGUACGAUCUUCGCGUACGGCCAGACCGGUACCGGCAAGACUUACACCAUGGCUGGCAGCAAUACUGCGCCGGAGUUGCGGGGCAUCAUACCCAACUCCUUCGCGCAUAUCUUCAGCCAUAUCGCUAAGGCUAAGGAUGAUGAGAAGUUCCUAGUAUGCGUGACAUACUUGGAGAUCUACAACGAAGAGGUGCGUGAUCUCCUCGGUAACAAUCCUCACCAGAGCCUGGAGGUCAAGGAGAGGCCCGAUAUAGGCGUCUUUGUUAAGGACUUGACAGGCUACGUAGUCCACAAUGCAGAUGAACUCGAAAAAAUAAUGGCGGUCGGCAACAAGAACCGUCACAUCGGAGCGACAGCCAUGAACACUGAGAGCUCGCGCUCUCACGCCAUCUUCUCCAUCACGGUGGAGAGCAGCAAGAAGGGCAGCGACAACAAGAUGCACGUCAAGAUGGGGAAACUGCACCUUGUCGACUUGGCUGGUUCAGAACGCCAAAGCAAGACUCAAGCCACUGGCACCCGUCUCAAAGAAGCGACUAAGAUCAACCAGUCUCUCUCAGUACUAGGCAACGUGAUAUCCGCACUGGUAGACGGCAAGUCUACUCAUAUACCCUACAGGAACUCCAAGCUUACCCGACUGCUGCAGGAUUCGCUAGGCGGCAACUCGAAGACUGUUAUGAUAGCCACAAUAGGCCCAGCAGACACCAACUACGUGGAGACUAUCAGCACUUUGCGCUACGCCAACCGCGCCAAGAACAUCGAGAACAAGACGCAUGUCAACAGCGAGCCGGGAGACGCUCUGCUUACUAGAUUCCAACAAGAAAUUGAUCAGCUCAAGAAACAAUUGGAUGAAUGCACUAAUGAAGUUGAAGAAGAAGAAGGCGAGGAAGAAGAGGAGUUAUCCGAGGAAGAUCUGUCAGACGACACCCUGACUGAACCAGAGUUGGACUCCCUCGAUCCCGUCGAGAAGAAGAUGCGACGCAAGCUCAGGAGAGAAGAGAAGGAGAAGUUGAACAGAGAGAAGGCUCAUCAAGCUCGCAAGGUCUUGGAAGAGAAGAAGGCUGAACUGCAGAGGACCAAGAAACAACAAGAAGAACUGAAAGACAAGCUCCAACGCCUGGAGUCCAAGGUCCUCGUAGGCGGCGAGAACCUUCUAGACAAGGCGGACGCUCAGCGCAGACUCCUGGAGCAGGCAGCCCGAGAGCUCGAGCAGAGGAAGCUGAACGAGCUACGACUGCAGGAGGACUUGCAGAAGAAAGAGGCUGAACGUCUAGACCUAGAAGAACGUUACUCCAGCCUCCAAGAAGAGAACGCAGCGAAGACCAGAAAACUGAAACGAGCAGUCCAACUCCUGAACAGCGCCAAAGCAGAACUAGCUGACCAGCAGAGAGAACAGCAGCGAGAGAUGGAGGGCAUCCUGGACAGCGUGAGGGCGCUCAAGCGGGAGAUACAGCUGGCGGACCUCGUGCUGGACUCUUAUAUACCUAAGGAGUAUCAGUCUCUGAUAGAGAAGUACGUGCACUGGAACGAGCAGCUGGGCGAGUGGCAGGUGAAGUGCGUGGCGUACACCGGCAACAACAUGAGCACCCCGCACCACGCCGCCGCCGCCCAUAGCCAUGCUAAACACAUGGACCCCCCCGACCUAUCAGACCGCUACCUGUCGUACAGCACCGUGAGCAGCCGCCCCGCCACCCGCCUCGCCCGCCCUCACACCUCCGCCGUGCCCAGGCCUCAUACUGCGCUCAGGCAGCGACAGUAGAUAUAAAUACAUAUACAAGGUGUUGAUUUGCAUUUGUGCCAUACUUCAGGAGGAGGACGUAUAAUACGUAAAUAAUCGAUUGGAAUUACAAUAGACGGGAAAUAGCUAAUAUGCACUGCUUUUUUUGUCAUUGUAAUGUCGUAGUAUUUCAGAAGUAAUCCAAUUUUAUGAAUGAAAUUUAUGAAUAAUGGUUGCGUAUGCUUUGUUUUUGCGUUUGUGUGAGAGCGCAGCACGGUUUUAAGACCAGUAACACACGCGCCAAGCUUAAAUACGGCUAAAUGACAUUGACGGAGUUCCGAAAAAAAAAUUACGUACCAAUUUUUUUGUUGAUUUGGGUCGAGAAUCAUUAGCAUAAUUACGUCCUUGAAUAUGGCACGGAUGCAAAUCAACGGCUUGUAUACCAGUUAUACCACGCAAGGAAAGAUGAUCGGAGAUACCACAACGCAGGUAGGUCAGGUCAAAUUCGGAUGGUAGACAUCAAAGGCAUAGUCAAAUGUUUUUAUUUGCAAGCCCUUAUGUAACGUCACACUAGAUGCACGGUUCCAAAAAAUAAACACAGUCACAGGAAAAGGUUAAAAAAAGAAACUCCAUGGACACUCACAUUAGCCGUGCCCAGACCACAUACUGCACUCAGGCAACGACAGUAGAUAUACCAUAUACGAAGGAAAUAUAGGAGACGUGACCGGAGAUGCCUAUUCAUCAUCAUCAUCAUCUCAGCCAUAGGACGUCCACUGCUGAACAUAGGCCUCACCCUUAGAUCUCCACAGAUACCUGUUGGAGGCGACCUGCAUCCAGCGUCUUCCGGCGACCGUUAUAAGAUGAUGCCUAUUGCAGAGGCUCAAUUCUGCUAAUUUUACUUAAACUACAUACGAUUGAUCUAACGAGAUUCAUUCCGCAGUCAGAUUCUGCAACUGAUAUACAAUUACUGACUGAUCACACGUUUUUAAUUUGCAGAAUUGAGUCCCAGGUCCAGGUCCCAGCGCCUUCUAGCUCAAAUUCGGAUGGUGGGCAUCAAAGUCAGAGUCAAAUAUUUCAAAUAGGCCUUUACAGGCUUUUAUAUAACGUUACACUAGUUGCACGGUUCACAAAAAGUUGAAAAAAAAAUUAAAUCGAUCUAUACUCGAUAAUUAAAAGAUCGUUAUUAUGUCACUAAAUUAUUUAUGACCAAUUAUCCGCUUUGGCGGCAUGAUAAAAGUUAUCUAUCAAAAAGUCAGGGAUAGAGUAUAAAAACUUCUUCGCUCCCCUCCGCUUUGGUGGAGCCUCGGCCACCAAAGCGGAACUAUACUCAAAAAAAGUGAGACACAUACUAUAUUUUAUAAUCUACUAUAAAAUAUUAAGUAUUUUUCUGUAUUUUAGCCCCAUGAAGUAGCACCUUAAUUUUAGCUGAAUUUAAAUAUAAUGCUCUAAAAAAUUACAUUAUAACUAAUGGCUCUCAAAAUUGUGUUAAUUUUUUUAUUAAUUUUGUAUUGAAAAUAAUUAUAAUAUUACCAAAAUUAUGUUUUACAAUUUUACUUUCGUUUUUAUUGUUGCGAAUAAUGAAAUUAAUGUUUUUUAAAUACAUACGUAUUAUUUACCAAAUUGUAUUAAGAAAUUAAUUCUCAAUAUGAGGCACAAAUUAUUGAAUUUCUCAAAAGGUAAUAUAUCCUUAGGCAGCUCACCAAUGAUAAUUGUGUUAGUAAAAAAUAAUGAAUUUUCAUAUUGUUUUAUUGUGCACGUGUGAUAGUCAAAAUUGUGAUACACUUGAGAUGAGUUGCACCAUUUAACUAUAACGAUAACCGAACCAUUUUCAGUUGUCAAAUCGAUUUGACCAAUGCGCGGCAAGUAUACGACUAGUUAUGGUUUGGUUAUCGUUAUAGUUAAAUGGUGCAACUCACCCUUAUUUUUUAUUAUUUUAAUGUAAGAUCUCUUCAAAAAUUACAAACUCUAAAGAAAAUACACUUGCCAGUAUUUUUUUUUUAUAUAAUUCACUAAAACUCAGUAAAUAUACCAUCAGUUUUUUUUUUUAUAUCAACUCAAUAUUUGCAUUUUUCGAAAUCAUUAUUGUUAUUGUAUAGAACUAUAACUUCUUACACAACGUAACUAGUCGCAUUCCAAUGGUUUUUUUUAAUAAUAAUUUUGUAUGUCUUUAGGUAAUAUCUUCAGUAUUAAAAUUGUGAACACAAAUAUUUUAUGUCUUGCUAUGUAUUUUGUGAUAAUUUGUGUUUGUGCAAUAUUUUAUUUGAAUUAAUAAAGUUUUUUUUACUAAAAA